AUGCCUGAGAUGGAUGGGUGCGAAGCAGCGGCUGCCAUCAGGAAGCUUGAAGGGGAGAGGCGGAUGGAGCGAGAGGAGAGGGCACAGAGGGCGGAAAGGGCAGAGAGGGAGGAGAGGGAAACAUUGGAGGAAGCUGAGAUUGGGAGGGCGGAGAGGGAGGGAGAGUGUGUGAGGGAGGCUGUGCCAGCUCCGAUGGCGCAGAAGCAGCAGCAGAGGCGAGUUCCAGAGAUGGAUAGGGUGCUGAUAUUUGCGUUGACUGCGGAUAUUGGUGCGGGAACAAGGGAGCGGUGUGCGCGGGUGGGCAUGGAUGGGUACAUGACCAAGCCUGUCGAGGAGGAGCAGUUAUGCCGAGUUAUGCUGGGCCCUCUCAGAGUCCCAUGUGUGGAAAGCGAGCAUUUUGUGGCUCGUCUUAACGUAGGCGACUCGGCUAAUGUGGCUAACGAAGCAAUUCUCGAGGCACCUCAAAGCUCGGCUGAGCAGGUUAAGGAGGCGUCGCCUGCAGUAUCUCCCGCGUCGCCUGGCGUCGAACCGUUGGAACCUCUGGGCAACGGUAACGUCCCAUUUGACUUGGCGAGGAUUUCCCCACACUUGUCAGACUCCUCCCUUCCCAUCGGCGAUAGCUUCCCCGGAAGCGGGGGAAGCGCGCCUGUUUUCAGCAGCGGCAUGCUUCCUUGGCUUCGGAAUCCUAGCGAAUUGGACCUGAACCUUCCUUCGUCACCGCCGGGCGACUCCGCAGCUACUCCGGCUCUUGUGCCGUCUUCUGCGGCCUUCCCCUCGUCGUUCCAAGUGCUCAAUUCCAGCUUCUGGGAGUCUAGCGCGAAUUGCGGCGCAAAUGGUGGAGCCGCAUCACCUCCUGUUUCCGAAAAUUCGUCGGAGUCGUCGCUGGUGGCGUGUGGCAGUGAGAGCAGCAGCACGGACAUGGAUGACGAAGAAGAUAAUAACGAGGAUGAGGAUGGCGGCAGUGAUGGAGAGGCGGACUCGGGAAUAAAGCCGCUGUGCUUGAAGAAGAAAGUGUCAGCCAUGACCUCUCUUCCCUCACAGUAA